CUGAUUUGAAAGUGAACAUUUAGGGUUGUUUGAGGUGAACAGAAAGCUGUUAUUGGACGUUGUCGUAAGGACACUAACUACCUCAGAAGAUGCUUUUUUGUGGACUACUCUACAACUGCCUCUCUGAAACGCAUCGAUAGAAUGAGUCAAGACAAUACAAGGAUAGAAAAGAACCUGGACUUUGGCUUUUCAGGCAAGGCGUAUGGGUCCUCGAGGAGUAUUGUGAGAAGAAUAGCCACCAAUCUUCCCCUUAAACCAUGCCCCAGGGUCCAUUUUCAGCUCAAUCCUUACACUGAAGGUGGUAGUGUCCUGAACAGUGCUGGGAGACAGAAUGGACUGGUUGCCUCUUUGGCUGAUGUCGUCUGGAUCGACAGGGAAGAGGAGGAAGAUGAAAAUGACUGGUUUGGAUUUGGUAGACCGAGGUCAGAAGCACCGUCAGGGCUCAUGUUCCGUUCUCACCCACCUCAGCCCAAACAACAACCUUUGCCCAGACGUAGAUCAUUACCCAGCCUGCACCAGGCCGAGCCAGAGCCCCAGGGUCAAACCCGCAGCAACGAUGAGGCCAUUCAGAAGAUCAGUGCUCUGGAGACGGAGCUGGCCAAACUCAGAGCCCAGAUCGCACAGAUAGUACUGACCCAAGAGCAGAACGCACAGACACCAGCCCCAGGUGGUCCUCCUGCCCCGGGUCGCCCUGCACCACCCUGCGCCCCUCCCCCUCCUCCACCCCCACUCAUGGGAUUCCAGCGGAGCUUCUCAGUCAUUGGCCUCAUCCAGGAGCGCCGUGGGAAGAAGACAGACGGACAGACACUGCUGGACCAGGGGCCCAAGCAGGCAGAGGUCCCCAACAUGCUGGAUGUGCUUAAAGACAUCUGCAAAGUCAAGCUGCGCCCCGCUAAGAGCCGGCAGGAGGAGAGCCAAGCCAAGCCUAGUGAGCCCACAGAUGCUGCGUCUCUCAUCGCUAAUGCCUUGAAGCGCAAGUUUGCCCAUCGCUAUCGCCACAACAGCAAUGAGGACAAGGAGUUUGACUUCCCAGCCUCUGAACUGAAACCUUUCUGUUCUGAAUUCCCCAAGACCGACAAAGUAGAGGUUCCCCUGGUAAGGCAGUACCGGUUGAAAACCCCAGCCCCUGUAGUGAAACUACACCCAGAGACACCCUUGUUUGGGCAGCACAUGUUGAAAUCUACUGGCCAGAGAAAGCUCCUCUGAGCACCCACAGAGAUGGUUUGAGUUCUGGACCUCCAGACACCCAUGGACACUUAAGUGCCUUAUCAACCUGUUUGUCACCGGUCUCUGUGGAUGGCCAUGUUGUUUCUGACUAGAUAUGCAAUCAAUCUGCUCUCCAUUCCUACUCACCAACAGUAUUGCCUCAGUCUUCAGUUCUUGCACUUUGAUAACAUACCGUAUGUAAUAUAUAUUUGUUUCAUUUAAAUGUCUUAUUUUUGUUUUGAAGUCUUCGAUCUUAAAUUAGGACGGUCUAAGAUUGGUUGUCAGAUUUUCGUACCACAACUAAAUUCCAAUGACAUUCACCAGUGUUGUGUUCUGGAUAUAGUCUAACACUACAAAAUCCUAACAUUCCUCUCAACUGACAACUGUUAAUAACUACAUGUAUUGAAGGGAAUUUAUGGGAUUGAACUGUUUCUAAAUGCACAGUGACAAAGGCUUAUCCAUGCCCUUUUCAAGGCAGUUUUAUUUAUUUUUGCCUCACUGGGUCUUUGCUGUCUACUUCUUACUAGGGAUAGAGAUGUAUGCAGAGAAGAGGGAUCAUUUUUGUUAAUUGCAUCCUAGUCAGUUAAAUGUCAAGUUGUAGUUGCUACCAAUUAUCAAAGCGUCCAUGGUUGAUUUAAUUGUAUUUCAUCUUAGACUGGAUCGCUUUGAGUUGUACUGGGACCAGUUCUGUACCUCACUAAGCAGAGUGGACCAAACUUACACUAAUCUACCAGUCAUUUUAUUCAUUACUGGGCAGGAGGAUGGUUUUAUUAGUUCCAAUCGGUGUGUAUUCCAGAUCCAUGACAAGCCUAUUUUCAUCCUGAGGUAAUCUACUCCCUCUUUUUAAACCACAAUAUGAAAACAUUUAAGGGAAACAUGUUAGUUUCAUACCAUAACCAGUUCCACUGAUGGGAAACAAUUGAAGACAUUGGCCAGUUUAUUUCAGUGACAUACUAAGCUUUGAACCUUUGCAUGGUGGGAGUAUGGACAACUGUCAGUAAUACUUGAUUUAAAACCCUAACUCAAACAUGGGGAAAUGUCAUCCACAUUUGACAAACUUAGAAUCAAAUUUAUGAAUGAAACUCUGGAUGUGUGUGCAUGAAAUGUUAUUUUCCAAAUCUCAUCAAAGAUACAUUUCAGGUAAAUAGGAACUGUUUGCACAUUUAUAGUAAUCUGCACAAGCAGAGACCUUGAGUGGUUGAACAAUGACCGAGGGCUCUUAAAUCAAUCGCUGAAGUGUUACAGAAAUGUGAAAGGUAAUUUCCAAAUGAGUUGACAUGCAGCGUUUACCGUGAAUGCAGUCGCUGCUAACAUGGGAGCCUUGCCUUUCAGUCUACAUUGUUGAUCCCUGAAGCUCCUUUGGUUUAUGUCCUCAGUUCCACAUGAUGUAGAACAGAGUUGCCUGUCUAUUCAUUACAUGUUGAGUAUCUCACUCAAUACAGCCCUGUUUAUGACUCCGAACACUGAAGUUCAAUUGGAUCAUUGAAAUUUGUCAACUGUUUUUAUUAAUCAAAAACUGCAACAGGCAUGUAUCAAAAGGUCAAUACAGCAAAGCCUUAACAAAAUGGUUUGAUACUGAAGUCAUCUUCCCAAAAUGGCUGUUGCAAAAAAAUUGUAAACAGUUUAACAGUCUUACAGCGAAAUGACAAAUCAGCUAAAAUAAAAAGCACCCGUUAUUGUUCAAAA